AGGGACGUUAAGCAAGACUGUCCCCUCCCCGCACAUGUACAUGUAGAAUAUCAGUAUAAAGAGUCUUCUUAUCCUGCAUCGUGAAUGACGAGAUUGAAAAUGAUGACAGGCGUUUCACAUUAUUCUCUCCAUAUCGAAAUGCAAGCAUAGCGAUUGCAUAUAUAUAUCAAUAUCAUCCUCUCCGUUAAGGAAUAUGUUAUAGCCGAUGACCCCCUACCAUCAUUCCACCAACCCCCAUCCCUCAAGCAACAAUCAAGAUGGCGUACGAACUCUCGCCACUUUAUGCUCAGAUGCAGAAUAAUAUGACAGAGCACAUGUUCUGUCCAACGACAGGAUGUCCGCAAAAGAUAGAAGUCGGUGGCGGAUAUUAUAUACCAGGCGAUCCAUGGAGAGCAAGAAAUGAAAUUGAUCUAUACAAGCUCAGUCUAUUGCUCGUCAUAGGGUGUACUUUAUGGGAAUAUCUCGUUACCUUUUAUUCGGAAGAACUGCAAAGAUGGGGUGAUAUUUUCAGAGGACAGAUCGUUCCUGUUAACAUUUUAACCUUGUUCUCCCGAUAUUGCAUUGCUGCAGCCUCCAUAAUUGCUGCUGCUUACGUUUAUUUCGAAAGUUCGAGCAAUUGUCAGGCAAAACUUUCAGCCUUAAUGACCUGUCUUGCAUUCGUUUGGAUGGCAACAGCUCUCAUUUAUACACUUCGGGUGCAUGCAAUGUAUGCCAGACCAAAUGAACGCAAUACUGUACGAAUUCCAAUCGUUUGCGUUUGGCUCGUUGGUAGUGCUUUGUGGAUCAGUUCAAUCCCUGGAUUCAAAGCUGCUGCUGUCAAUCAACUAAUUCGUCAACCUUUCAGUGGAGGUUGCUCUCCUGCUCCCAGCCCUCAAUGGCGAGCGAUGGGUUUCGGUGCUGCAGCGAUCUUUGACGUGGUAAUCUUGGUCUUCUCCAUCCGUUCUGUCUCUCGUCAUUCUUCCGAAAAAUUUCGACCGAUCUAUAAAGCAUUCCGCUACGGUAUCUCAGAUCGUAAUGAUACCGGAGGCUUUAUCAUUCUAUCUUCAACAAUCACGUUUAUCAUCUCUUUCCCAUUGAACACAAUUUGCUUCUUUGUCACAGUUUUCAGCAAGAAUUUGAUUUUGAGCAACAUUCCAAUCGCCAUUGCGGCAUUAUUCAAUUUUAUGAUCGCAACCAGGUUGGUCUUCCAUUCCAAUCAAUGGUCACAAGGAAAGUCAGCCUUGCUCACUAUGCCAGCCACAUAUAAAGUACAUAAAAGAGGUGGCAGCAACGAUUAUGACCGCGGUACCAGUUUCAAUGCUAUCGCAAAUGCAAUCGCCAAGAGAAAAGUACCAAACGAUCCAUUCGAUCAAUUUACCAUCGAACAGGCAAUCGAAAGUCAUGCAAGAAUGGAUGCGAUGGCUUGGCGUGAUUAUAUGCAAGGUCCUGCACCACAAGAUAUUCGUGAUGCAGUUACAGGUGCGAUUUGGGAAGAGAAACAACAGCUUAAAGCAUCAAAGAAUGAAAAAGUUCGCAAUUCUUUUAUGCAUCGUGAUAGCAUCCAAUCCACUGGCGAAUCUUCUAGCGCACCUUCUGUCCGUCAUUCAUCACGAUACAAGUCUAGACUGGAAAUGGAAUUAGCACAAAUGGAUGGCGGUGAAGAUAGCGAUAACAAAAAGUCUAAAACGCCAUCAAUCGAAGAUAAAGAAGAAAUCGAGUCUCUACCCGUUGCUUUGGCGAACAAUCACACUACAGUUGAUAUAGAAACACCAUCAACCGAUUAUUAUGGCACACCGGAAAACAGUACCGAUGUUGUUUAUUCACACAACUUCCAAUUCCCUUCAACGAAUCAAUACCCCUCUUCUUCUGUACCAGAAGGUUGGACCGUUCAAGCAUUCACACAACCUCGCACUCCCGAACAACAAAUGGAAGAAGGUGCAGGUACGAUUGGUUUACGAGAAGCACUUAACGAAAAUCCUCCAUUCGCUUACUCAAACCGUUCAACAACUCCUCAACAAGAAGGAACUCGAACGACAAAGAAGAUUGGAAAAUCUUUCUUUGAUUCAGUUCUGAAGAAAAAUAAGGGGGAUAGCAGUAUUCGAAUCAAUGAUCAAGACAGACUUCCAAACGAUAAACCAAGCGAAGGCAUUCGUUAUCAAACAGAUGUCAUUCAGGUAUCAGAUCGGGAAACUUGAUUUGCAGAUCCACUUUAAUCAUGUACAUAUAUACAAUCUCUGAUGCAUAAUGAAUAGUAACUAGUACUUUUUC